CGCAGACCGCCAGCGACAUCCCCACCUCCUUCAUCAAUCAUUCUCCUCUCUCGAUCUUUCCCCUUUGCUUCAGCGUAUGCUUCUAUAUUAUAGUUCGUAAAUGGCCUCAAAUAUUCCUGUUCGUAGGCCGGUCAGGACCGUCCGCACUGUCGUCAAAGAUAUCGAGAAUGCCACCGCUCGCGCUUCUAGGAUAGCAACGCGCUCUAAAACCAUUUCCAUUGCAGGCAAGGACGAUGGUAGUGUGGUGGCACCAUCCAGCAAGACCAAGGUAGCCGACUCGAUGGCGGAGAAGGCAGGUGUAGGGAAGAGGAAGCGCGGGGUCUUGGCUGAGGUAUCCGGACCAAAUGGACCGAAAACGAUAACGAUGAGGGAGAAAGAGAAGGAGGGGGCCAAGCUCAAUGAUUCCAUCGCGAAGCCAGUUCUGAAACCAGCGCGGCAGCCAUUACGAACGACAGUAGGCGCUCGCGUUGCACCAGUGGUGAACAAGGAGACAGCUACUCGACGUAAGUUCACGGUGGCCAGCACAAAUAAAGAAGUCUUAGGACAUCGUCGUGCAAUCUCGCACUCUUCAGCUAAAGGCAACAAACUUGUGACCGUCGCUUCAACUUCACAACAUCUCGACGCCGUUGACGAAGAAGCACCACGUGUGUUCAAGCGACGUUACACCACACCAAAAGGAUCACCGCCACCUUCACCCCGCGUAGCGCUUCCCCCUGUAGAAGUCGAAGCCGAAGUGGAGACUCAGCAAACUAUUCAAGAUGAGUCGCAGGUGGAGGCAGAACGCGUCGCUGCUCAUCUUGAAGAACUUGCGGAAGAAGAUGAUGAUUGGGAUGAUCUUGACGCUGAAGAUCAUGACGACCCGCUAAUGGUUUCAGAGUACGUUGUUGAAGUGUGCCAGUAUAUGAAGGACGUCGAAGCCAAAACGUUGCCAGAUCCAACCUACAUGAGCCAGCAAGAGGAACUCGAUUGGAACAAACGAGCUAUUCUCCACGACUGGAUGUUGCAGGUCCACACCAUGUAUCGAUGCGUCCCCGAAACAUUUUUCCUCUAUGUCAACAUCUUCGACCGCUUUCUGUCCCUUCGUCCAAUGGUGUCUAUCUCACGGCUGCAGCUCGUUGGAAUAUCGUGUUUCUUUGUGGCCGCCAAAUUUGAGGAGAGUAUUGCGCCUAGUGUGGAAGACAUCGUCAGGCUUGCUGGAGACCAAUAUACGGUGUCAGAAAUGCUGAAGGCAGAACAAUAUGUUCUCAAAACGUUGAAUUGGGAUUUGAGCUACGCUGGACCGAUGACUUGGUUGCGCAGAGGAAGUAAGGCUGAUGAUUUGGAAAUCACUGCCCGGACUAUUGCUAAGUACUUGCUGGAAGUGGGCUGCAUAGAAUGGCGUCUCGUGGCGACACCGGCUUCACUCCUAGCUGCGGCUGCUCUGUGGUUGGCACGCCUUGCUCUUGGUCGAGAAGAAUGGACACCAAAUUUAGCGCAUUAUUCGACAUUCAAAGAGAGCGAACUUCUGCCUACCGCCAACAUCUUGCUCAACCAUUUGCUACGUCCGGAAGCUAGGCAGUCUGCGACACUUGUCAAGAAAUACUCGUCCAAGAAGUUUGCAAAGGCCAGUCUAACCAUGCGUAGAUGGGUGCUGAGCCAUUGGCCUGAAGGAAGCCGAGUUGACCUUCCUGCCGUGUUGCCCCCAUUAAAAGCAGCGAUCCAGGAACAAAGAAUCGCGGAGACAAUCCGAAAGGCUGAAGAGGAAGAGUUCAACGAUAGCGAUUAAUAGCGGGAAGCAGUGCGCAUCACUCCUCAUUUUUCCAAACUCAGGGGACAUUCCACGGAUUCAUUGUCACCAAUCGUCAUCUCUCAAAGUUAUUUGUAUUAUUUUUUUGUUUUCUAGCCCAAUAAUUUAUUUUCUUUUGGACUUCGGC